UUGAGACCAACUGGCACCUACCUGACCGCACUGAACCGCACCGCACUGAACCGCACCGCACAGCACUGCAGAUCUAGGCGGAUCGGAGACAGCGCAAUCCAGCGCCCAUCAUGUCUGGGCAAAGGAGCCGUGGGGGGUCUUCUGAUCACCAGAGGCGGACCCGCAACCGCAGCCGCACCACCAGAGCCGACUUGACCUUCUCUGUGAGCCACCUGGAGCGCCUCCUGCUGGACGGCCACUACACCCAGCGUCUCAGCCCCAACGCCCCCGUGUACCUGGCGGCCAUCAUCCAGUACCUGACGGCCACCGUCCUGGAGCUGGCGGGCAACGAGGCCCAGAAAAUCGGCUGCAGGCGCAUCACCCCAGAGCUGCUGGACAUGGCGAUCCACAACAACGCACUGCUCAGCGGCUUCUUCGAGAACACCACCAUAUCCCUGGCUGCCCCGGGCAGGCAGUAGCUU